GAAAGAUAAAACGAGCUCUAAUUUAUCCAAAAACGAGAAAAUAGAAGUAAAUAAAAUAAAGGCCUCUUCAGCUCUUGUUGUUCCAUUACAUAACCCAGUAAGAGAGAGGCAGAGACGGAGAAAUUAGAAAUGGCCGGCGAAUACAACGGAAGUUCCAAAGCCUCUGAAUCUGUUUUCAAGGUUCCGCCAAUAAAAUUCACCAAGCUCUUCAUCAAUGGCAACUUUGUGGAUUCCGUUUCUGGGAAAACGUUCGAGGCAAUUGAUCCAAGAACAGGGGAAGCGAUAACACGAGUUUCAGAAGGAGAUAAAGAGGAUAUUGAUUUGGCUGUGAAGGCUGCGCGUCAAGCUUUUGACCAUGGCCCUUGGCCUCGCAUGUCCGGCUCAGAGCGGGGAAGGAUCAUGAUGAAGUUCGCAGAUCUAAUUGAAGAAAACGUAGAAGAAUUAGCCGCACUGGAUGCUAUCAAUGGGGGCAAGCUGUUCUCUCAUUGUAAGGCCAUGGACAUCCCAGGUGCAGCAAGGAAUCUUCGUUACUAUGCAGGUGCAGCCGAUAAAAUUCAUGGAACAGUGUUAAAAUUGUCCAAAGGAUUUCAGGGCUACACUCUGAGGGAACCCAUUGGAGUAGUCGGAAGUAUAAUUCCCUGGAAUUUUCCCACUAUCAUGUUUUUCAUGAAAGCUGGCCCGGCAUUAGCCGCAGGAUGCACCAUGGUCGUCAAGCCUGCUGAGCAGACUCCUCUCUCGGCUCUUUAUUAUGCUCAUCUCGCUAAGCUGGCUGGCCUCCCUGACGGAGUGCUGAAUGUUGUAAAUGGAUUUGGAGAGACUGCGGGAGCUGCCAUUAGCUCUCAUAUGGACAUUGAUAAAGUGACUUUUACGGGGUCUACUGAAGUUGGACGUAAGAUAAUGACAGCAGCAGCAGCAAGCAAUCUGAAACCAGUGUCAUUGGAGUUGGGUGGAAAAUCACCUCUAUUAAUAUUUGAAGAUGCUGAUAUUGAUCAGGCUGUAAAUAUUGCUUUCAAUGCCAUCUUUUACAACAAAGGGGAAAUUUGUGUUGCAAGCUCUCGUGUUUAUGUUCAAGAAGGAAUUUAUGAAAUUUUUGUAAAAAAGUUGGUAGAGAAGGCAAAUGCAUGGGUAAUUGGAGAUCCUUUUGAUUUUCGAGUUAAUCAAGGACCCCAAACCGAUAAGAAGCAAUUCGAGAAAAUUCUCUCAUACAUUGAGCAUGGAAAAAGAGAAGGAGCUACGUUGUUAACAGGGGGCAAGCGGCUGGGCAGCAAGGGAUUCUACAUUGAGCCUACGAUAUUUACUGAUGUUAAGGAGGACAUGACUAUAGCAAAAGAAGAAAUUUUUGGUCCCGUGAUGUCAUUGAUGAAAUUCAAAACAAUGGAAGAAGCAAUAAAGAGAGCAAACAACACAACAUAUGGGCUAGCAGCAGGGGUCAUAACCAAGAACUUGAACGUGGCGAACACGGUGUCAAGAUCCAUCCGAGCGGGGAUUAUAUGGCUCAAUUGUUACACAGCAUUUGAUGUGGAUUGCCCUUAUGGUGGAUAUAAGAUGAGUGGCUUUGGAAGGGAAUUUGGUUUGGAUGCCCUUAACCAGUAUCUGCAAAUCAAGUCCAUUGUUACUCCCAUUCAUGAUUCUCCCUGGCACUAAAUAAGCAGAGUGAUUAUGAACACCGGAGCUGGUUUUAUAGCAAUCUACCGAUAAUAUAAUCUGGUUUGUGAUAUUCUGAUUUGAUUUCCAUAAUAAAUGGUCUAGUAUGCUAGCGAAUGGUUAAUCAAUGUAAUUUUUUUGGGGUCCAAUCUAUUAUAUCUUAUAA